AUGGCUUCAUUUCUAUGUAUGACCGUUCUACAAAGCCUGCCAAGCUAUUUGAAAUGUUUAGGUAGGUUUGUUGAUGAACAAGUCGAUCAAACGAGAGAGAUGUCAUCGGAAAUUGAUUUUAAAACUCAAUUGGCAGAUAGAUUGAAAAAGAGAUCAAGUUGUGAUACUUUUGAACCUCCAUCUUCACAAUCAUCGAUUCCAACACCACAACCAGUAUAUAAACAAUCAUUGUCACCAUCGAUGGGACGAGCCCAUCCACCUCCUCCUCCACCUACCAAUACCACCACCUCUAAUAAUCAUAGCGCAUCAACAUCACCCAAUUUUAUCUCACCACCAGCCUCUCCCAAGAUUGGUGGAGCCAACAAUAAUGUAAAUAGUUCAAAUAGUAUCAUACCACCAAGACCACCUGUUCCCGAAAGAAAGUUGGGUAUACCACCCAACAUGAAUGCAACUGGAAAAUCAAACUCACUCGGAUCAUUACCAAAUACACCUAAUAGCGCAUCAUCUGGAGGACCUCGUUUAUCUGGUCCCGUUCACAGUACUGGAAAUCUUCCAACUUUUCCUCAACAACAGCAACAACAAACUUCUCAAUCAACAGUCCCAUCACCUCCACCACCACGCCAACAAUCUGUUAUUUUUAAUGCACCACCUCUUAUCAAUAUAAAUAAUACCUCAAAUACUUCAAAUACUGGACGUCCAUUACCACCUCCAAGAAGUGAUAGUGUUGGACCAACUACCCAUAAAUCUCCUCCAAUGACUCGUCAAUUACCUCCCAACCCCAAUCCCAAUGUAUCUAAUAAUAAUAAUAAUAAUAACUUACCACCUCCACCACCUCCAGCAUCAUCAUCAUCUGUUAAUAUAACAUUACCACCUCCACCACCACCAGCAUUUAUGACUCAACAAUUACCUCCACCACCUCCACCAACCAUUUCAGUUCAGGGUCAUCCACAAAAUAUGCCACCACCUCCAACAUUUAAAACACCAAUAUCUCCAAUAAUUGCACCAUCCCCACCACCAGUGAUACCAGGUCAAUUAUUACCACCAAGAUCAUUCAAGAUGAGUCCACAACAUGCAAGAGGUGGAUCAUUGGAUUCCAAACAAAUGGCGAUUGUACAAGGUCAAAUGCAAAGAGGACAGGGCCAAGAAGCAUCAUCAUCAUCUUCGUCGCCAAUGCCAAUGGGGUCACUUAGUCUAAGUGGAGGCAUGCCACCACCACCCAACUUGAUGGCACCCCCACCACCCAUCAAACGAAACUCUACCAAUGGUCAUCCAGGAGGCCCCGUUUACAAUCCAGAUACAGACAAGACAUUGAGUACAAUGAUCAACAAUCGAUUGUCAACUGGACUUUCACCACCAAUCAAAGCACCAUACUUUGAUGACAGAAUCCUAACCAACAACAACAAGACUGCCGAACUCGAAGCCAAACGACAACAAGAGGAACGAGAACGUAUCGAACGUGACCAAAAGAAAAAGGAUAAAAAAGGUGAAAAGGAACAAAAGGAAAAAGAGAAACGUGAGAAAAAGGAAAAAGAGAAAAAAGAAAAAGAACAAAAGAAAAAGGAUAAAAGUGGAAGUAGCAGCAGUGGUGGAGCAGGUAAAGCUUCUACACCAUCCAACACUAUAUUUAAUAAUACAUUGGAUCAAGUUAUGGAAAUACAAAGAGACCGCCUACAUUGUGACAAUGACAAUAUUCCACUCAUCUUAAAGACAUUGGUAGAAUCAAUCAUAUCAAACGAUGGAUACCAAACUGAAGGUAUAUUCCGUGUACCAGGUCAAACAUCUGAAGUGAUGCGAUUUAAAAGUCGUAUCAAUGAAUUGGACUUUUCACUCGAUACCAACGACGUUCACGUGCUCGCAGGUCUAUUAAAACUGUGGCUUCGUGAAUUAACCGAACCAGUUAUCCCAAUGGAAUGUUACAACGAUUGUAUCAAAAGUUGGAAUUCAAAGAAUGCAAGUGCCCAAAUUUUAAAUCAACUCCCCCAACUCAACCGUGAUGUCAUUGUAUAUCUUUUAAAUUUCCUCAAAACUCUAUCUUCUCCCAUCUAUUCAACCAAAACAAAAAUGGAUAUCGAUAACAUUGCAAUGGUAUUUGCUCCUGGACUUUUACGUUGUCCUUCAACCGAUUCUUCAGUCCUAAUGUUAAAUUCUCAAUAUGAAAAGGAUUUUAUUAAAAAUUUAAUUGAAUCUCAAUAA